UGUAUUAAGUACACAAGAUUUACAUAUUAUUUAGAGCAGGCAUAUAAAAAAAAGAUUAGUGUAUGACAUAGAAAACCAUUGUCAAACCACCCACACAUAAGUAAUUUGGAUUCUUCUCCAAAGAAGAUAAGUAUUUUCUUUGGCAUCAAACCCUCAUGGCCUAAAUUUGCCCAUUUCUCCAUCACGCCAUGAAAAUCAUCCUCUUCUUGCUCCUCCUCCCCACCUUGAUCCUCACCACCACCGCCCAAAACCCCUCCGACCCCACCACCCCGGCCUCCGUCAACAACUUCCAGCCCAGCCUCGCCGUCGUCAUCGGCAUGCUUGCCGUCAUGUUCUCCCUCACCUUCAUCCUCCUCCUCUACGCCAAGUUCUGCCACCGCGCCGCCUCCUUCCACAGCAAUUCCAACACCCGCCAAAUCCACGACGGCCUCCCCCGCUCCCGCUCACUCGUCUCGGGCGUCGACAAGACCGUCGUCGAGUCCCUCCCCUUCUUCCGCUUCUCCUCCCUCCGAGGCUCCCGCGACGGCCUCGAAUGCGCCGUCUGCCUUGCUAGAUUCGAGGACGUCGACAUCCUCCGCCUCCUCCCCAAAUGCAAGCACGGUUUCCACAUCGACUGCAUCGACAAGUGGCUUGAGAAGCACUCCACCUGCCCCCUCUGCCGCCGCAAGGUCACCGCCGACGACCUCUCCCACCUCCCCCUCUCCACCAGCCUCCGAUUCUUAUCCAAUCCGCCGCCGCCGCCGGAGCUAGAGCGGCAGGAAUCCAAUCUAGAGCUCUACGUGGAGAGAGAAGAGAGCCGACAUGGAUCCUCGAGAUUCUGCAUUGGCGGAAGCUUCCGGAAGAAGGAGGAGGAGGAGGUUCCGAUACCGGAGAGCAUGGACUGCGAAUCGCCGCCGUCGCCGGCGGCGCUGCACCGGUUCAACCACAAGAUCGUGGUAUCGGAAGCCGUGCUCAAGAACCGGUGGAGCAAUGUUAGCUCCUCCGACAUCAUGUUCCUCAACUCGGAGAUACUGAUGAACGACGUCGUCACGGAGGAGGAGGCGACGAGAUUCUCGUCGGUGGAGGAGAGGAAAACGGCGGAGGAGACGGUGAUCAUGAGCAUAAAGGAGGAGAUGGAGAGGAAGAGAGCGUUGGAGGGAAAGGUGAGAGAAAUCAAUAAAGAAGUGUGUGAUGAUCGCCGGAAUUUUCCCGCCAUGUCGUCGGGUGCUAAUAGGGCGAAAUUAGGGUUUGAUUCGAGCUCGAUCAAUCCCAACGACAAGAGAUCCAUGUCUGAAAUCGUGGUUCAUCCGAGAUUCCAAGAUUUAGGGAAUAAUGAUCCGCAGGUUGAAGAAAUUAAUGCCAAGGACGAAAGAACGAGAAGACUUUGGUUACCUAUCGCGAGAAAAACGGUCCAGUGGUUUGCAAAUAGAGAGAGAAUUGCUCCACAGUCUCAAGGAUCAAGGUUUAAUAUAUAAGUAGCAUUUUUGUACAUGGAAAAAAGUCCACAUGGUGGGGUUGAGGCCCCUCAAAAUAUAUUGAUGUAGAGGAAAGGAACUGGAAUUAGAUUCGAUACUUUGCUCUCUUUGGGGAUUAUUUUGAGAUUCAGACCUUUUACAGUUGGAUUAAUCGAAUCCAAAGAUUGGUGGUAUUUUUUACA